CAAAUAUUAUUUUAAAUUUUUCGAUAAAUACCUUUCUCCUCUUCCUUACCGUCUGGCGCUCGCUCUCUUCUUUUUCUUAGAAAACCAGCUGGGAGCGGAAGGAGAUCUCGUUUGCCGGCGAGAUCUUGACUGUUGCUUGUUUCUUGGGGGGAUGAUCGGGCGGACGUCGAUCGCUCUGGAGGAGGAGGGAAUCGGAUCAGGGCCGAGAUGCGACCGGACAAUUCCAUGUUUUCCGGCAUGCGAGUCGCCGGCGGCGAUCGGAGAGUUGACGGCUUCGGUUUCUAGGAGUUCUUCGAUUGGUCGAAACAGUGACUGUUCUUUGGCGGGUGGGGAGGAGGGAGGGGAGGCGGAAGUGCAGAGCUCGUACAAGGGGCCGCUGGAGACCAUGGACGCCUUGGAGGAUUCGCUUCCGAUUAGGCGAGGUAUCUCAAAUUUCUAUUGCGGGAAGUCGAAAUCCUUCGCUGUACUUUCGGAUGCCAUGGCCAAAUUAUCAUCUGCCAAGGAGCUGGGCAAGCCAGAGAAUCCAUAUAGCAGGAAGAGGAAGAAACUUCUGCCUUUGACUAGCAGGUGGGAGGUGGGGGAGUGUGAUCGGUCGUCGGGUGGAUCGAAGAAGAGGCAAGCCAAUUCUUCCAGCAGGAUUGAAGGAGCUCAUUGGGCUUCUCCACUGGUUGAAGAAACUGACAGGAACUCUUUUCCGGUGAGGUCUUUUUCUUUGAUGGAUUUGGAGGGCAUGGAGAGUCUCAGUUCAUCCUCAUCAUCUUUGUCUUCCUUAGGUUUUGAGGAGCAGAAAAUCUUCAGUUAGCGAGAGGUUUUGGCUGCCGGUUUUUUGGUUGUGGGGGAUAGAUUAGAUUGAAUUGUAGGGAGUUCCGAGCAUGGCGUUAUGAGUUUUUUCUGACGACCAUGAAGUCCCCCAUUAGGAUUUUCGUCAGUUCUCACUUACUUGGUAACAGAAUUUGUGUUGUAGCUGAAUAGCCUGAAUGUGUUGGGGCUUUUGUUUGAUCAUCUUUGUAAAAUGAGAAUGGGGUUCGACUGACUAAAGUUUGGAUUACUGUCAAA